AUAAAGAGGUAAAGCUAUAAUAAAAUUCAAAUCGAGGGACUAAUUUCUCUCCAAAGAAACAAAAAAUGUCAAUAGUUUUGUUUUCUUGAUGUAAUGAAAUAAUCAGAAGCCAAGCGAAAAUUGUGUUGAAGAAAGAUGGGAAGGCUGUUCGAGUAUUUCGUAGUGUGUGGGUUGGGUCCGGAGAUGAGAACGGUGGAUAGAAACAAAGGAUAUCAUGGAAUGCGAGUGUUUUAUCAAUCUUCUUUACUCGAUCAAUAUCCUCCUGAUAAUCACUCUCUUUAUCCUCCGCCUCCUCCUCAGCUCCCAAUUUGUGUCCUUCCUGCUGGUGUUCAGUUUUACCCCUCGGGAUUCGAUGCUGAUGAUUCCUCCACAUUUCCAAGAAGUUACCCCAUUGUUUUGACCGAGGGUGAUGGAUCAAAAAUUUAUGUUAGUUGCAUUGCCUUCCGGGAUCCAGUUAGCGAGGAUAUUGCUGAAGCUUACCGCAUUCCUGCAAACUCUUUUGCUGACAAAUGCAUCUGCCUUGUUUCCCGAUCCCCUAGUUUUGGUGUUCUUAGAAAUGCACUGGAAGAGUUAUUUGCACUUUGCUUUUCCCCUGCUGGAAGUAGCAAGCCAUUAUGGGAAGUUAUAUCUCACAUGAUCUCGAAUGUCCCUUUGCCUACUCCUGGAAAGGAUCGGGUCUUGUUUGCCAUUGAGAACUGCCUGCUUUCAUUGGAAGCUCCACCAAAAGAUGGACUCCCCCAUGUUGAUAUAUCAUUUCAGCCAUUGGUACAGUGUUUGGAUGUGGACAACUUACUCAAACUUUUUACUGCCGUGUUACUUGAAAGGAGGAUUUUACUUCGUUCCAACAAGUAUUCACUUUUAACCAUAGCAUCAGAGGCCAUAUGUCAUUUGAUUUAUCCCUUUAGGUGGCAGCAUGUCUACAUUCCAUUGCUAUUUUUCAGUGGAGUAGACUAUAUUGAUGCGCCAACACCAUAUAUGAUGGGUCUUCAUUCAUCUGUUGAUACGUCUGACCUUGCAAUGGAUGGUGUAGUCGUUGUGGACCUUGAGUAUAACCGAAUUAGCACCUCAGAGGAAAUACCCCCUAUUCCAGAGCCAGAAUUAAGUUCUUUGCGGAGUGAGAUACUGAAGCUAUUGUACCCUAAUGUCAUGGGAAUAGAUCAGAUGAAAGCUGGUUUGGUUAACUCAUCUGAGCAAUAUUUAAAGGGCUGCAACAAGCCUUGGGGAGAAGAUCAUGACGUUCAACUUAGGUUAAUAUUCCUAAAGUUCUUUGCAUCCAUUUUAGGUGGAUACCGGAAUUUCCUUGAAAACACUGUGACUCAUGCCUUCAACGCCCAAGCAUUUUUGAAGAAACGCUCUAGGUCAACCAACCAACCACCGGAUCCCAUGAUAACACAGUUCUUAGAUUCCCAUGGUUUCUUGGAUUAUCUGGAGAGAGGUAUUGAUUCUGAUGGAAACAAUAAUAAUCUUCUUGAGAAGUUACAAGACACAAUUGGAAGGGGUCAGAAUCCUAUUUCAAUUCUUUCCACUUCGGUGGUAGAACCUGAGAUUAUAACCAUAUCAGAUCCAGAUGUCGGAAUAUUGGGAUCAGGUGCUAAAUAUACUUAUGACAGGUUUCCUUCAAACAUCAGGUCAGAAGAACAAGAGGAGAAGAGGAAACAAAUUCUUGCAGCAGCAAGUGGAGCUUUUGAAUACAUUAAGCAUGCUCCUAGUUCGCCAUCUGUGCAAGUGGGCAAGGACUCUCUUAGUCCCAUGGAAAGGGCUGCAGAAAGGGAGCUUAUGGUUUUGGACAUUAAAGUUAAGCUGCAGGGAUUGUGGCUUCGUCUUCUCAAACUGGGAGCUACUGACGACCCACUUUCAUCAUUUGAAUAUGGCACUAUCCUUGCAUUGAUUGAGUCUGACGCGGAGGGGAUUGGUGGUAGUGGGUUUGUUGAAUGUAUAAGGGAGCAUAUACACUCAGGAUGGCAUUGUCAAUUGACCGAUGAACAGUUUAUUGCGGUGAAAGAACUGCUUAAAACAGCAAUUAGUCGUGCAACAUCCCGGAAUGAUGUGUCAACCAUUAGAGACGCCCUUGAAGUAUCUGCUGAGAUGUAUAAAAAAGAUUCUAAUAAUGUUUCUGACUAUGUCCAGCGUCAUCUUAUUUCUCUGUCUAUAUGGGAGGAGCUACGGUUUUGGGAGGUGUUCUUUGAGUAUCUAAUGGAGCAUUCUUCAAGCAAAUAUGGCCAUAACAAGCUUCUCAGGUGUUAUGCUCUUUUAAUUUUACUGCAGGCUUCACCUGUUCUGAUCAUGUUUCAUGUCAUUGUGAAGGCUGGAUUGGGACUUCCUGAUACUGAUGCUUGGCACAUGAUUGAAACAAUAGCAGAGAAGAACAAUAUUGGAUACAAACAGUUUAUAAAACUGAGAGGAUUCUUGUCACAUAUCCAGCAAAUUCGUAUCAGUUACUGGGGAAUAUCUUCUUUAAAGGCCCAAUCAAUGUUGUGUCAUGGAUUGUCAUCUCCACACCCAAAAGAUUCUAUGGAUGAGAAUCAGCAACCUGCAGAAGCUUCUGUUAUUGGCAGGAGCUGGGUCCAAAGCAUGUUUAGCAGAGAUUCAUCCAGAGCAAACUCUUUUGGUCAAGUUCGUAAAGGGUCUUCCAAUGGCACUUCAGUAAAUGAAAAUGGAACCCCAAGAAAACAAGAUUCGUCUGCUGAUGGGCAGAAGAAACUUCAAACCAAUGUUCGCAUACUUAGAGGCCAUAGUGGUGCCGUUACUGCUGUACAUUGUGUAACCAGAAGAGAGGUGUGGGAUCUGGUUGGUGACCGUGAAGAUGCUGGUUUCUUUAUCAGUGGAAGCACAGACUGCAUGGUUAAAAUCUGGGAUCCUAGCAUUCGUGGUUCUGAACUCCGUGCAACUUUGAAAGGGCAUACCAGAACUGUUCGUUCUAUAAGUUCUGAUCGAGGAAAAGUGGUGUCAGGAUCUGAUGAUCAGUCUGUUAUUGUAUGGGAUAAGCAAACAUCGCAGCUUCUUGAAGAGCUGAAGGGUCAUGAUGCCCAGGUUAGCUCUGUCCGUAUGCUGUCUGGUGAACGUGUCCUUACUGCUGCACAUGAUGGAACUGUUAAGAUGUGGGAUGUUCGAACUGAUACUUGUGUGGCAACAGUUGGCCGUUGCUCUAGUGCAGUCCUAUGCAUGGAGUAUGAUGAUUCCACUGGAAUUCUUGCUGCUGCUGGUAGAGAUGCGGUUGCAAACAUAUGGGAUAUCCGUGCUGGUAGGCAGAUGCACAAGCUUUUAGGCCACACAAAAUGGAUUCGGUCAAUUAGAAUGGUUGGAGACACACUGAUUACUAGUAGUGAUGAUUGGACUGCCAGAGUGUGGUCUGUUUCACGAGGAACAUGCGAUGCUGUUCUAGCCUGCCAUGCUGGUCCAAUAUUAUGCGUUGAAUAUUCCAUGUCAGACAGAGGAAUAAUAACAGGUUCAACUGAUGGACUUCUCCGGUUUUGGGAAAAUGAGGAGGGAGGCAUAAGAUGCGUGAAGAAUGUUACCAUUCAUUCAGCUCCUAUAUUAUCCAUCAAUGCUGGGGAACACUGGUUGGGAAUUGGCGCAGCUGACAAUUCUAUGUCUCUCUUUCACCGGCCUCAAGAUAGACUUGGCAGCUUCUCUAGCACAGGAUCAAAAAUGGCUGGGUGGCAUCUUUACAGGACACCGCAAAGGACAGUUGCUAUGGUUAGAUGUGUGGCUUCUGAUCUCGAAAGGAAAAGGAUAUGCAGUGGUGGUCGUAAUGGAGUUCUUAGGUUAUGGGAGGCGACCAUCAAUAUUUAAUUUGUAUCACAUCUUUCAUCAGAGUUUAAAUUGUCAAAGGUUGCGGUGAGAAGUGCUUGCAUGUUGAUGGUGGCGCUAUCCAAAUCCGAUAUCAACCUCGGAGCGUGUAAAUUGUCUGAAGCGUUGGAGAUGAACCCCAAAUUUUGCAUGGGGGCUAAUUUUUGCUGUCUUCAUUGUAUCUUAAUAAACAGUCACAUAUCUCGGUUUUCUUUCUACGGAUAUCAGCUUUGUACAAAAUAUGAGUUGGGCAUGUAGAGCUAUUUGCCGAUGAUCAAAACACGAUGAAGUUUGCUAGGCUAGACCUCAACGACUUGUAUUGGACGAUUGGUUUAAUAUUAUGUUUUCAAUGUAUUUGUUUUCUUGUUGACGUGA